ACACCUUCGUCAAUUAUAUCGAUCACUCUACAACAUUUGUGGAAUAAUUAACUAUUAGCUUUACGAUCUUGAAACUAUUAGGGUUGAUACCAUGGGGUUACUAGAUCAUCUUUGGGAUGAUACCGUCGCUGGUCCUCUGCCAGAAAACGGCCUUGGCAAGCUUCGGAAACACCAUACUUUCAGUUUCCGGCCAAGCUCCGCCAAUGAUCAAUCGGACGUGAGGUCGUACGGCGGAGAUUCACCGGAAGAGGCAGUGAAAGUAACACGCAGCAUCAUGAUAAUAAAACCACCAGGUUACCAAGGCGGUUCAGCUCCGGUGUCGCCGGCCGGUUCAACUACACCCGUAUCCCCCAGUCCUUUCUCUGAGCAAACGCAGGAGGAAAGGAACCCUUUCGGUUUAGGAGAAGGUCGGCAUCGGACGCGUUCGAUAAGGCAGCAGGAUCAGGGAAUGGACCAAGGAACUCUCCUCCUACUUACGGCGUGUGAUCUCUAAUCUCCUAACCCCAAAUCUCUAAAGAGAGAGAGAGAGAAGAAGAAAGAACAGAGUAGAGCCCCCGAGACGCUUUCGUUUUGACACAUCAAGUGGUCCUUGCAUGCAGAGUUCGUGUUUCUUCCUUUGGUAGGACAUAGAGGUUCUCUUUUGUUUAUGCGUGUAUCAGUGUAUUGAGUUUGUUUGCGUGUAUGUGAUUACGUCUCUGUUUAUCUUCUCUUUUUGUAUUUAUAUGUCAUCUCGUUUUCGUAAUGCUUCUACGCGUCUGUACAGUUUUGCUGCAAUGAUAAUGAAAUUAUGUAGAGAUUCCUAUAACA